GGCUGUCCCAUUGUGGCUGAGACCGUUCAGGAACAAUUGACCCUUUGUCUCCAAGAAAGCGUGACCUCCACGCGGUUGACUUUGGCCUUUGUGUAAGGUAUAGAUACCACUAAAACCUUUGUUGUUCCGCCACACGCUCCAGUCCUUUUAACUACCACUUAACCAUAUCAUCUUUCCGAUCCCUUCGCAACACAGGACUAGACAUCUUAAUAUGAAUCCGACACAUGAAACCACGUUCUGGAAUAUCCCACGAAGUUUUGAGGAUGUUAAAAAAUACAUACACGAUGCAGGGGAAAGAAUCAUGAACAGAACUGGUGCUCCCAAUCAUCUUCAAGAUAUCGUUCAACGAGUCAUGUGCGAAGUUAACUCAUCUCUUGAGGAAGUCGACUGGUUGUUCAACAAGAAGGUAGUGGUUCCCAACCCUUUUGUACUAACCCCCUUUCCGAUCUGGAGUAUUUACUCCGCUCUCGCUUGGCUUAUCAACAUAGACAUCCUCGGAUUGUAUCAGACCAUUACAAACCAAGCCGAUGAAGAUGUACUAAACGACGUUGAAUUGGCAUAUCGGUAUGCGCGCAUGUGUGCGUUGAUGACAAUGCACUUGGACACGUCCAAAGGCCCCGGGAUGAUCCAGAUUUGGAGAGCUCAAUGUGCAGAAGAUGCUAUCAAAGUACGCUUCCUCUGGCCCAUGAACGACACCACUCGACAGGCAUGGUCAAAUCUCGUCGACAGUGAUCAAUAUCCCCGAAGAUUCCGAGGUUCGGAUCUCUAUUUCCAAGACAGCGGAGACGCAGCUCAACAGUCGCAUGGCUAUUCAUGGAUGCUUACGGAACCUCCUUUUAUCUCGCCUCAUUUUAUCUUCCGUGUCCAGAAGUUCUCCGCCAUUGAGGUCCCAGUUCCCAAAAUGAUCACUAACGUUCCUAGGGACGAGGUCCAUUUAGUUCGUCCAGGACUUUGCAAAAUUGAUAGAGAGACUGUUUAUUCUGGCAGCCAAAUCGCGCGGACUCAUCCAACGGGUGCAUGCUAAUUCUUUGUCGAGGCAUGAAGACUGCGCCUCUAUCUUUCCGUCUAAGAUAUCUUCUCACUUGGAAGGUGGCCGUAUGUCGGUUCUUAAC